AACAGUUAGUUAGCGGAGCAUUCAAUUCCGUGCUCAUCUGCUCGUCGCUUCGUCUCGUCUCGUUUCGCUUCGUCUCGAUCAGGAUUAUGACAACGAAACUCCAUCAGCUGGCGAAGCCAGCAAUGGCGAUAGCAGCAUUUAUUCUACUGCUAGCAACAACAACAACAACAGCCACGGCUCAUUUGAACAAUGGCCAGGAUCUGCUGACGGGACACUCGCUGCCAAUGCAGAGCAGCUUGGCUCAUCAGUUCUUUGCCCUUGCCGCGGAGCAAAUUGCCAUUUCGAAUCAAACCGCCAGCACUGGCUUGCUGACCCCCAGCAACACAUAUGGCAACAAAGCCUACAACGAUGAUCUCUGUGAUCGAGAUGUGGCACGCAUCCGUGACGCAAUCGCCAAUAUGGAAGAGUGGGCACUCGAGUUUCCCGACACAUGGGGUCGUCUACCAGUUGGCUUCUUCUGGGGCCAUCUGAUCAGCAUGGGUCAAUACGAGGAAUGCGUUGCGGCUUCAAGCACUUACGGCGAUGAGAUUCGCGGUCAAUACUGCCUGACGCGUCUCAAUAUCACCCAAUUCUAUAGCCAAGUGAGGCGCAGGAAUGAGGAGACCUCAACAGCACGUAUCAGCUAUAAGCAAACUGAUCCACAAAUCUUUGAAUUGGGCGUAUGUGUGCCAAGCACGUGCAGUGCCGAGAAAACUGAUCUACUUCUCAAAUACGCUAUUGAACACUUUUAUGGCACUGAUUAUGUCAAUCUCACCGAGCAAAUGGUUUCGGAAAGUUGGUGUAAAUAUGAUGCACCAAUCGAAUUCCGUGGCGUCGAUAUUUUUGCCAUCGUUUUCUUCUCGCUGAUUGUCUUCUUCAUGAUAGCCAGCAGUAUCUACGACUUUGUACAGACUCGCAAUGGAGGACAAAAGAAACCACUUUAUUUGGCCUUCUCGGUGCUCCACAAUGCACCAAAGAUCUUCACAGUGAAACAGGUGAACAGUCCAAAUGUGAUUCACUGCUUGAACGGUCUGCGUUGCUUCAGUAUGAUGUGGGUGGUCUUUGGACACGGAUAUAUGACCUUCUAUGACCUGCCACACAUUAACCGCAACAUCUAUUAUGCGUGGCUGGAGACCCCGUACUCCAUGCUUGUGCAGAACGGUUCCCUCUGCGUGGACACCUUCUUCUUCAUGUCUGGCUUGCUGAUGUGCUGGGGAGCAUUCCGUGAAAUGGAGCGCACCAAGGGCAAACUGAACAUCCCCAUGAUGUACUUCCAUCGUUACAUUCGUCUCACUCCCGUCGUUGCCGUUGUCGUCCUCUACAUCAUGUCCCUAUACAAAUACUCGGGCGCCGGUCCCAUGUGGUUCAAGUUGGGCACCCAGGAUGCACGUUGCGCGGACACUUGGUGGGCCACACUCCUCUAUGUGCAGAACUAUGCCUUCCCCUACAGCAUUUGCGUGUCGCAAUCCUGGUAUCUAGCCGUAGAUACUCAGUUGUAUUUCCUGUCCCCAUUGUUCCUAAUUCCGCUGUGGAAGUGGGGCAAAAAGGCGCUCAUCCCAAUUGUGAUCUUUGGUCUGCUCUGCUUGGGCUGCACAGUUGCCACAUUCUUGCACAACGACUUCACGCUGUUCCGUGUCCAGGACGAUCAUGUUGAUCUUCGCCAGCGCCUCACGUAUUAUCCAACACACACACGCAUUCCCACAUGGUUGAUUGGCGUCAUCUUCGGCUACUUCCUCUUCACACGCAAUCGUGGACGUCAAAUUCCAUUGGCCAAGCACUGGGUGAUCACCGGCUGGGUGUUGGCCUUUGGCACCAUGCUCGCUGAUCUAUGGGGUCCCUACUGGCGCAUCCUGCCCCACACUCCGGAUUCCCCACUCAUUGAGGGCGCUUUGUUCGAGCCACUCAGUCGCAGCUCGUGGGCCUUUGCUAUUGGAUGGAUUGUUUGGGCCUGUUACAAUGGACACGGUGGUCUAAUCAACGACUUCCUCUCGUGGAGCUUCUUCACCGGUUUCAGUCGUCUUACCUAUUGCAUGUACGUGAUCCACAGAAUCGUUCAACUGGUGAAUGCCGCACGUCUGCAGACGGACACACAUUUCUCCGAUUACGAUGCGAUCCUGCGCUGGUGGCACGAUUUCGGUAUCACGCUGACUCUCUCCAUUUUUGCAACAUUGGCCUUUGAGGCUCCCAUUCUGGGCAUUGAAAAGGCCAUCUUCGGACGUGGUGACUCAAAGCCCGCUCCCAAGAAGCCCGCGCCCGUCGAUCAACCCAAGGCUGCUAGCGAGCCCCUUCAAGAACCUGUUCCUGCCACCACCGACGCUGAAAAAGUGUCCGAAAUUGAGCCUGCAAUCAGCAGAGCUGCAAAUCCAUCAAAUGCGUAACUGUAAUUAACAUAUUUACAAAUAAAUCUAUUUUUUUU